UAGUAACCACUAACCCAACAUAGAUGAUGUGUUUCCCUUUUUGAUACGGUAGCAAGAGAUUAUCUGCGUUACCGUUUUGUCUUCCGAUCUUUAUUUUAUAUUUUAUAGACAGCUAGUGGGAGAUUGCUUAUAGGUUGGUUUUAUAACGUUUAAUUAUUAUUAUUUUUAUUUUUUUAAAGCCAAUUCAUCAUGGCCCGGUUAACGUUAGCUGGCUAGUAAAUUUACCUAUAUUUUUAGUUAACUAUUUAACUAGAUAAACAUCUCAAAUUUAAUAUCCAGCUAACAUGGACCCCGACUGGUGAGGAGUGAGUGAGUGUGAGAGACAGAAGGAGAGAGCGAGAAGGAGUGGUCGUCAUGGCAGCUGAAGCGCAAAGACAGCGUUCUCUGUCUACGUCAGGAGACUCGCUCUACCUGGUCCUGGGGAUCAACAAGAACGCCACACCAGAGGACAUCAAGAAGUCCUACAGGAAACUGGCUCUGAAGUUCCACCCAGACAAGAAUCCAGACAACCCUGAGGCUGCUGAUAAGUUUAAGGAAAUCAAUAACGCCCACGCCAUCCUGAACGACUGUACCAAGAGGAACAUCUAUGACAAGUACGGAUCCCUGGGACUCUACGUGGCCGAGCAGUUUGGAGAGGAGAACGUCAACACCUACUUUGUCCUCUCCUCCUGGUGGGCUAAGGGCCUGUUCAUCUUCUGUGGCUUGGCGACUGGCUGCUACUUCUGCUGCUGUCUGUGCUGCUGCUGUAACUGCUGCUGUGGGAAGUGUAAACCGCGGCCUCCCAUGGACCAGGAACCAGAGUUCUACGUCUCCCCUGAAGACCUGGAGGCACAGAUGCAGCCUGACGAGAGAGACGUUGGUGGUGAUCCCAUCAUGGUGCAGCCGUCCGGAACAGAGUCCACCAGGCUGACGUCAGACAGCCACUCCAGCUACCGGACCGACACCGGAUACAACUAAACACCCCCCUAAACCCUACGCCCUUCAAGACUCGGUCCUGCCCGAGAGAAGGUUUCUUCUUUGGCUGCCACUUGAAAUAUUAGCCUGAUAUUAUCAUCAAAACCCCAUUUCACUCUGACAAACACAAGCAUAAUUCCCACCAUCACCUAUAUCCACCGGCUCCUCCUUCUCCUCCCCAGCCACCGUCUCCUCCCCAGCCACCGUCUCCUCCCCAGCCACCGUCUCCUCCCCAGCCACCGUCUCCUCCCCAGCCACCGUCUCCUCCCCAGCCAACGGCCUCUCCGUCUCCUCCCCAGCCUCUCCGUCUCCUCCCCAGCCACCGGCCUCUCCGUCUCCUCCCCAGCCUCUCCGUCUCCUCCCCAGCCACCGGCCUCUCCGUCUCCUCCCCGACCUCUCCGUCUCCUCCCCAGCCUCUCCGUCUCCUCCCCGACCUCUCCGUCUCCUCCCCAGCCUCUCCGUCUCCUCCCCGACCUCUCCGUCUCCUCCCCAGCCUCUCCGUCUCCUCCCCGACCUCUCCGUCUCCUCCCCAGCCUCUCAGUCUCCUCCCCAGCCUCUCAGUCUCCUCCCCAGCCUCUCAGUCUCCUCCCCAGCCACCGGCCUCUCCGUCUCCUCCCCGACCUCUCCGUCUCCUCCCCAGCCUCUCCGUCUCCUCCCCGACCUCUCCGUCUCCUCCCCAGCCUCUCCGUCUCCUCCCCGACCUCUCCGUCUCCUCCCCAGCCUCUCCGUCUCCUCCCCGACCUCUCCGUCUCCUC